AUGCCCUCGCUUCUCCCUUACGCUGCCCCAGAUUACGUGUAUAUCGACCGGUUGGAACUAGCAGAGUAUCAUCUUGCCCAUAUAGAAGAUGGUGCAACUGUGGGCUUCGAUAUUGAAGCUGAUCACCGUGGGCUAGGGCCUCGUCGGUCUCGCACGGCAAAGAAGGAACUCCUUCAGCAGCAGAUCCAGUCCCUGGGCACCUUCGUCAUUGACUGGAAUCGAGUCAGUAUCUGCGUCGUCCAAAUUGCCACUACUUCAGAGGUCUUUGUUAUCCACCUUCGACGCAUGCAGGCGCUGCCCAAACAACUUGUGCGGAUAUGCACCAGUAACCAAAUAGUCAAAGUCGGGGUUGGGAUUUAUGGUGACGGGCAACGGCUGUGGGAUAGCUUUAGGAUCAACUUAAAUCGGGCGCUUUCCCUCGGACAUUAUGCUAGACUGGUGUACCCGGACAGUUUGCAAACAGGCUGUCCGUUUGGAACUGAAGCAGGGUUAGCAGCAAUAGUAGAGAUUACCUUGGGCAAGAGCCUGUCAAAAGAACUGCAAACUUCCAACUGGGGUGCAACCAUUUUGUCUUCGCAACAACUGGCCUAUGCUGCUAUAGACUCGCAUGCUACCAUGUCUGCGUAUAUGACACUGCAGAAAACAGUCGCAAGAGCCAACUUGAUCGUCGACGAAGACUGGUACACUUGUAACUCAUCAUCUACAGAAGUCGAGUUAGGUGUGGCACGGAGGAGUCAUGGAUACCAUGGUGCCCUUGGUGGUCCUCGGAUGGCACAUUUUGCGGUAUCACUUCCUUCCCGCCUGCUCGCGUCUGUUGCAUCGGUGCUCUGA